AUGCCAACCCCGUUUGAUACCCUGGCUUUCAACUUCGCUAAUGCAAGUUGCGCCACUUUUUUCGAUAAUUUCCUCGCCAACGACACCAUUGCAGAUUGUCAUGCUGUGUCUUUACUUCUUCAGCACUCCAAUUCCUUCUUUCAUAUCUUGAGCUCUUCCGCUGAGACCUCGCGCGUACUUGACACUACAUGCUCGGAAGAGGUCUCCGAAUGCUCUGCCAUCAUGACUUCCCUGGCACAGGAGAUGCUCAGCGACGAUAAUUGCGGCGCGGAUUUUAAUUCGGGCAACGCGUACGUCAAAGCCACUUACCAGGAUCUUAUGGCCUAUGAGCCUGUGUAUCAUGCCACUUGCCUGGUCAAUCCCACCACCAGCAACUAUUGCUUCGCCGAUGCCGCGAGCAACACUACAGCACCGGGUGAUUAUGCAGUCUAUCUCAUACCGCUCGGCACGACGUUCACCUCGACCACCCUGACUUGCAAUGAAUGUCUACAAGCCACUAUGGAUAUAUAUGCCACUUAUGCAAGGGAAAAUAAUCAGGCUCUUGAUAGUGACUAUAUCGAUUCUGCUAAAAGGGUCAAUGAGUUCUGUGGUGCCAAAUUUGCCAACACCAGUGUUACGCUCGGCUCUGAAUCUGUUACGGCGGGUGGGUUGAUGUCUUUGCCUAGCACUCGACUUGUCGUUACUUUUAUGAGCUUGACCUUGGGCUUGCUGUUGACGGGUAUAUUCUAG